UCCCUUGCAGGAGGGUGUAGAGCAGUUGCUUGCUUCCAAAGCGUCUUUCUCUUUUUGCAGCUUCUCCAGCUCUCAGAUGGGGAGAAUGGUCAUCUUGUACUUAGAUCCUGACCAUAUUUACUUGGGAGUAAGACACUAAUCGGUCUUGGGGCAACUUAACUUCGAAUUGGCAUGCUUACAGUCCAAUCCAGUGCAUGCACUCAGAAGUCUUGUUGAGUUCAGUGGAACUUGCUGUCGGAUAAGUGAGCAUAGGACUGCAGUUUCAAGUUCUAUCAGUGCUUGCUUAGAAGUUAAGCUGGUUAACUUUAGUGGGACCUAUUUUUGAGUUUUUUAAAAACGUGAAACUGAAAAGGCUAAGGAAACUAAGAAGCCUUCUGCUGAGGUUGAAAGCUUGCAUAGAUUGAAGAAAAAUCAGAUUCUGCAUCUGACACACCUGAGUGAGGAGCCCAAACAUGUCUGGAAUCAAGAGAACGAUAGAGGAGAUGGACCCAGACUAUGAGGAGAUCUCAGUUGUACAUACAAAUAAACGUCACAAAGCAGUUGAACAGUCAGCUCGACAUGCUGCAGUACAGAAGAUUGAGGCAAUUAUUAAAGAGCAGUUUUCUGUUGAAAUGAAGAAUAAAGAACAUGAGAUCGAAGUCAUUGAUCAGCGCCUGAUUGAGGCAAGACGGAUGAUGGAUAAGCUGCGUGCCUGCAUCGUUGCAAACUAUUAUGCUUCUGCUGGUCUCCUUAAAGUUGGAGAGGGAACCAAGGCUUGUGACCCGAUGGUUUUUAACCAUCCAUCCAUCAAGAAAUUUGUGGAAUCUCCAUCCCGAUCAUCAUCUCCUGCCAAUCAGGGAUCAGAAACUCUGUCUGUUAACCAUUCAGAGUGUGAAUUGUCUCAGCAUGCAGACUACUUGAUGGGAAAGGACAAUGGUAAUUUGGAUGCAGAAGAGAGAUUAUCAAGCAAGCUGGAGCAGAGAUCAAGCAAGAAUUCGGGACAGGGCACUUCUGGUGUUGCAAGAGAUCACAAAGCAGGGCUGAGAAAAGCUGGUUUUGCAAAUGAUGAGAAUUCACGGCUGUUUGUGAAGAAAACCAUAGUGGUCGGCAAUGUCUCCAAGUACAUUCCUCCUGAUAAGAGAGAAGAGAAUGACCAAUCCACUCAUAAAUGGAUGGUGUAUGUACGAGGAUCUCGAAGAGAACCCAGCAUCCAUCAUUUUGUCAAGAAAGUCUGGUUCUUCCUUCAUCCCAGCUACAAACCCAAUGAUCUUGUUGAAGUCAGAGAGCCUCCUUUCCACCUGACCAGGCGUGGCUGGGGAGAGUUUCCUGUGAGGAUUCAGAUUCACUUCAAGGAUAGUCGCAACAAAAGGAUCGAUAUCAUACACCAUCUGAAGUUGGAUAGAACGUACACUGGUCUACAGACACUAGGUGCUGAAACGGUAGUGGAUGUUGAAUUGCAUCGGUAUUCCCUUAGAGAAGAAUAUAUGUUCUCCCAGUCUUCAGAUUCUGAUCUUUCCGAUGCUCCCUCUUCUUCACAUUUACCACUAAACAUGCCAGCGCCAAUGAAAGCAUUUUCACCUAUAAAGCAAAUGCAUGAGUCCAUUAUUGAUGCUUCUGUUGAAAAAGGAUUCAGCACUGAAGCUGAAAGGCAUACGACCUUUUAUUCUCUGCCAUCAUCCUUAGAACGGACUCCCGUGAAGCUGGCAACCCAGAAAGUUAGUUUUGGCUCUCAUGGCAACUCUGCUUUUCAGCCAAUUGCAGCUAGUUGCAAAAUAGUGCCUCAAAGUCGAAUCCCAAGCCCUGCGGAAUCUCCCGGCAAGUCUUUUCAGCCCAUCACCAUGAGCUGCAAGAUUGUAUCAGGGUCCCCAAUAUCAACCCCAAGCCCUUCUCCACUACCUCGUACCCCAACCUCCACUCCAGUGCACAUGAAGCAAGGGACUGCAACACCUAUAGUCAAUAACCCUUACGUUACUGUGGACAAGCCUGGCCAACCAGUUGGAGCAGUAGCCACAAGCACAGGUAGCCCAGCAAGUAAGGUUACAAGUGUUUCUCAGGCCUCUCAUGGAACUGGGUCUCCAAAGAUCCACGGAAGCAGUUUCGUGAGUUCUGCCGUCAAGCAGGAGGACUCUCUCUUUGCAACCAUGCCACCUCUUUGUCCAAUUGGGAGCCACUCCAAGGUACAAAGUCCUAAAUCUGUGACUGGAGGACUUGGAACGUUUACAAAGGUGAUAAUAAAGCAAGAGCCUGGAGAGGUUCCCCAACAAUCUCCAGCACAGGCAACUGGGACAACCUCUCAGACUUCAGUGCAGCAAUAUGUUGCUGUGAAAGGGAGUCAUGUGAUUGCUUUGUCUCCUCAGAAGCAAAUUGUGAGCACAGGAGAGGGAUCCACACCAUCCAAGGUUGUUGGUGUUCCAGUUGGGUCUGCUUUACCUGCAACAGUCAAGCAAGCUGUGGCUAUUGGUGGUGGGCAGAUACUAGUGGCAAAAUCCAGCCCUUCAGUAGCAAAGACGGUUGGUGGGAAGCAAGUUGUGACCCAAGGAGUAGCCAAAGCUAUUGUGAGCAGUGGUGGAGGAGCCAUUGUUGCUCAGCCUGUUCAGACCUUAACAAAGGCUCAGGUGACGUCAGCAGGAGCUCCAAAAAGUGGAUCCCAAGGUUCAGUGAUGGCAACGCUGCAACUACCAGCCGCUAACUUGACAAACUUGACCAAUUUGCCACCUGGCACUAAACUGUACCUUACUACAAACAGCAAGAACCCUUCUGGGAAAGGAAAACUGCUACUUAUACCUCAAGGAGCCAUUCUGCGAGCCACGAAUAAUGCCAAUCUCCAGUCGGGUUCUUCAACAAGUGGAGGUGGAGGAACCCAAAGCACAAGCUCUGGCUUAUCUCAGCAUCUCACCUACACAUCCUACAUACUCAAACAAACACCACAGGGAACAUUUUUAGUUGGGCAGCCGUCUCACCAGAGUUCUGCAAAACAAGUGACAUCAGGGACAGUUGUUCAGGGUAAUACGAGUGCUGGACCAUCAUCUGCACAAGGACAUCAGGCAUUGAAAGUAAUAACUGGUCAUAAAACUGCCACUUUACUUGCACAGGCAGCUUCCAGCGGACAGGCUUCACUGAUGAAAAUAUCCGAUAAUGCAUUGAAAUCCUUACCAGCAUCAUCGCAACUCUCAAAACCUGGCACCACUGUACUGAGAGUUUCUGGGGGUGUGAUCACCGCAGCAACAACUUCAGCAAUGACACCUCCAUCAAAUGGAGUGGCACAGCAAGUGGACAGUGCAAGUUCUAGUUCUUCUCCAGCUGCAGGCCCUGUGGUGAAGGCAUCUGGACAGCAGCCCCAAGCUUCUGUCAACCAAGGGCAAGCAGCAUCAGCUGGACCGAAUAAAACAAAUGCCUCUGCAGUUGUAAGCAUUGCUUCUUGGGUGACCACUCCAGCCCCAGGGUCUGGAAAAAAUGCAGUGUCAGGGUUGUUAAAGAUCCACUCCAGUCAGAACAGCCCACAGCAGGCUGUCUUGACGGUGCCCAGCCAACUCAAACAACUGAGUGCAAGUGCUGCUUCAGGAGGAGUCCAGACUAUACUGAUGCCUGUAAACAAAGUGAUACAGUCGCUUUCUUCCAGCAAAGUGUCUGCUGUCACCCCUGUAACUUCAGCUAAUGCAGAUGCUCCAAGUCCUUCUGCUGUGUCUGUUACAAAAGUUAAGCUGGAGCCUGAUUCAGCAGGACAGAGCUGCAGUUCUCUGGGAUCUCAAGAUGGCCAGGUGACAGUGAAAGCAGAGGAGAGCUCUGAACUUGGAAAUUACGUCAUUGGGACUGAAUAUUUAGACAACCUCCAGCAACUCUUAACAGCAAUCGUGAAGAAAGUUCCGCUAAUUGCUGAGAGAACUGAAGAUGCCAAUUAUUUCUGUGCCAGUUCUGUGGAACAGUAUUAUAGCUGGAAUAUUGGAAAACGGAGGGCUGCUGAGUGGCAACGAGCACUAACAAUAAGGAAAAUUCUUCAAGAAAUUAUAGAGAAAUACCCCAAAUUUCACAGCAUUAGCCCUAUGAAAACAAAGCAGGUUGUGCACUGGUGUCGCUCCCGUGGCUAUACACCUCCCGACCCAGAAGCCCUGAGGAAUGAAGAUUCCAUAGAGGAUGUGCUGACACAAAUAGACAGUGAGCCAGAAUGCUCAUCUUCUUAUACCACUGGGGAAGAGCUGUGCCGAAAGCUUGAAGAACUGGAGCGUUUCCUCAAACAGGAGCCAGACAACGAUGAGGAAAUAGACAUCCUCAAUGUUACUGAGCCCCUGAAAAUAAACAUUAAAAAGGAACAGGAGGAGAAACAAGAGGAAGCAAAAUUAUUUUUGGCAUCCCAGCCUGCAUCCGAGUUUGUGAAGGAGACAGCACAGCAGAUAGGAAUUUCCUUUCAACCUGUGGAGCUGCACAAGAAUGUCUAUGCAUCAGUCAUAGAGGAUAUGAUUUUAAAGGCUACUGAGCAACUGGCAAGUGACAUACUAAGAGAAUCAUUGGCAAUUGGCUACCAAGCAACUCCUCACAACAGGACUCCAAGAGAGAUCACAGUGAUGAACAUUCACCAAGCCAUUUGUAACAUUCCAUUUUUGGAUUUCCUUACAAACAAGCAUAUGGGAAUACUGACUGAAGAACAGUGAUCUGGACUGAAGAGAAACAUGGAAGCUAGAAUAAAGACCUUGGCAUAAUUCCAGUGUGUCUGAAUAUGUAUUUUAGUGCUGGGGAGCUGGAUGGCCUUGCAGUAAUAAAACACUUAAAUAUGACAGAUUAAUGUUCCAAAAAAGUUUUUUUUUAAAUUAACUUUAAAUAAACAUGUUAUUACGCUUUCGUGAAAGAAUAAAAACUUUUUUUAAAAAAUAUAA